AAGAAAAUGGACAUUAAUGAAUUUCGUGAGUUUGGUCGUGCCGCGAUAGAUUUCUUGGCUGAUUACUUAGAGAACAUUAGAGAAAGGCCAGUUUUGCCUUCAGUUGAACCAGGAUAUUUACAUGAACUGCUUCCAACUGAAAUGCCAAAGGAAUCAGAAAAUUGGAAGGAUAUUAUGAAAGAUCUUGACAGCUUCAUCUUGCCAGGUUUAACUCACUGGCAGUCUCCAAGAUUUCAUGCGUUUUAUCCAUCACAGACAUCUUUCCCAGCAAUUAUUGGAGAAAUGAUUUCCGCUGGCUUAGGUGUUGUUGGAUUUAGUUGGAUAUGCAGUCCCGCUUGCACUGAAUUAGAAGUCAUUGUAAUGGAUUGGUUGGGAAAAUUUCUAAAUCUCCCAGCACAUUUUCUUCCGAGUGAUCCCGGAAAUGGCGGUGGAAUUAUUCAAGGAUCAGCAAGUGAAGCAAUAUUAGUAGCUGUGUUAGCAGCGCGUGAAGAAAAAGUUCGUCAAAUGAAAAAGGAAAGACCAGAAAUGAGUGAAGGAGAUAUUCGUGCAAAACUUGUUGGCUAUGGAAGUAUUCACUCUAACAGCGCAAUUGAAAAAUCAGGAUUAUUAGCUGCGACUAAAAUGCGUUUACUUGAUUCCGAUGAAAAUUCAAUUUUACGAGGAGAAAUUGUUCAGCAAGCAAUUGAAUCUGAUAUUGAAGCCGGAUUAAUUCCAUACGUUUGCAUUGCUACCGUAGGAACGACUGGAACCUGUGCAUUUGAUAAAUUGGAAGAAAUUGGACCAAUUUGCAAGAAGUACAAUGUUUGGAUGCAUAUUGAUGCAGCAUAUGCUGGGGCAGCGUUCUGUUUACCAGAAUACGCGCAUAUAAAGGAAGGAGCGGAAUAUGGGGAUUCAAUUAACUUUAAUCUACACAAAUGGAUGUUGGUAAACUUCGAUUGUUGUGCAAUGUGGAUCAGAAAUGCUAAUGCGUUGACUGAAUCUUUCAACGUCGAAAGAAUUUAUCUUGAUCACAAAUAUCAAGGUGAUUCGAAAGCUCCUGACUAUAGACAUUGGCAGCUAGCACUUGGACGUCGGUUCCGUUCUUUGAGAGUAUGGAUAACAUUAAGAACUUAUGGGCAAGAUUACAUUAGAUCAUACAUUCGAAAGCAUAUAUCGCUUGCUAAUCUUUUAUUAAAAUAUAUGUCGGAAGAUGAAAGAUUUGAAGUUGCAGGUUCAUCAUUAGCUCUUGCAUUCUUCCGUUUGAAAGGCGAUUGUUCUUUGAGCAAGCGACUUCUCGACAAAAUUGUUGAAAGAAAAAAUAUUUAUAUGAUCCCAGCAUUAUUCCAAGAUAAAUUUAUCAUUCGAUUUGUCAUUUGUGGCAUGGAUCCACAAGAGAAAGAUAUUGAAUAUGCUUGGAAUGAAAUUAAAACCGUGGCCGAUGAAAUGUUCGAAGAGAUUAAAAAAGAACAAAAAGAAAUUGUUGAAGAAAGUCAAAUAAAAGAAGGUAAAGAAAUUCAUGUUGACAACAACAAUAACGAAAAAGUCAUUUUUGAGAAAAUUAAUGAAAUUUCUGAUGUUAUCACAAGACAUUUUGAUAUAAGCUCUGAUACUACAACUGAGAAAACAAAGCAUUGA